AAAUAAAGAAUAAAAAAUAAGAAUUAAAGUUUUUGUUUUGUUUUCUGCAGCUAACAAUUAGACAAACAUGUAUCAGGAUUAUUUAAACCAAUUGCGAGUCUCAAUAAGUCCACUAUCUACAGACGAACUGAAGGAUUUGCUCCAUGACGAUGAAAAACUCGACGAAAAAAUUGACACGGUACUAGAAGAAUUGAAGGCCCAAAAAGACAAUUUGUUUGCUGAGAACCGCUCCAAGGCCGAAAGUAAUAUCGAAAAGGAGCCACAAAUUAUUGAACUUAAAGGAAAAAUAGUCGAACUAAAUGAAGAAGGAAAACGAUGCUGUGAGGCAGUGCAAGAAAAGCUAGCUCAGAUCAAGGAGAAAUCCGGCGGUGUAAGCCAAGAGACAGCACUGGCUCUGUUGCAGACAGCUGCAGCCGAAAGUGAAGAGGCAUCCGAAGAAAUUGUUAAGAAAUUCACAGACAAUGAAAUAGCAGUUGAGGCAUUUCUUGAGGAGUUUUUAUCAGCUCGAAAAAAUAUGCACUUACGCAAGUUGAAGGCUGAAAAAAUGCAAGAGUUGAUGAAGCGUCAGGCACAAGGCGGGGCAGGUGGUCGAAAUAUGGCAACUGGUCCAGCCUACAGUAAUAUUCCCUCAAGUGGUUUUUAUCCAGCCCCACGUUUGCCGUAUGGCGGUGGCAGUGUACCAUAUCCCGUUGGUGGACCAAUGAUGCCAAUGCCACCACCUCGUCCCUAUUGAUAGCCAUAACAAUAAAUCCCGUUGACCUCAUAGUAGCGUACAAAUCGAUAGCUUUGGUUUGCAAUUAAUCCCAAAUCAAUUCACUAUACCCACAUUGUGUCAUUUGUGUGAAUUGAAAUGCAAUACCUUUUUUUGAAAAUCUCCUCAAGCGACAAUUACAAUGUUGCAAUUUUUGAAAUUUAAUUAUCAGUGAUUUUAUCUAUGAUUUUAUAUACAUCUUUUUUUUCUUAAAUGAUGAAUUCUACAUUGGAAACAUAAAUGUGUUAUAGUUACCCAGGCCAUUGUUAUAAGCAAACAAGUAUUGCAGAAAAUAAAAUACAAAGUAUCUUUUAUUUAAAACAUUGAAAUCAAAGAAAGUUUUGUUUCUUGUAUGUUUGUAUGGUAAGGCAACGCAACGGAGAUGAGUGGAAGAUUGGAAUAUAUGUUUUAUAUCUAUUUGCAAGUAGUCAUAAGAAUUUGGUCACGUCUGAUUAUUAGUGAUAAAAUUUAUGCAUGCAUUCAAUAUGUUUCCAGGCGCCUUUUGAUGAGCUAUUUCAGAGCUGUUAUUUAGUUAUAAAAGCUCGGUACCUAUAAAGACAUUGUUAUGUUUGAAUAGUGCAAAUUUUCCAUUUCAGUAGAUUCGAUUUACUCUGCAGCGUAGUAAGACGUAUCUGCUGAUCACCUUGUACAUUUUCUGUUUCCUGCACCAAUUGGUACCAAUCGGAGAUCUAUGUGCUUUAUGCCUCUGCUGGUUUUCUAUAGACAUGUGAUGUAUAUACAGGAUGAGAUGAAAAAACAGCAACCAACUUCAGACUGCUGUUAAUUCUAAACUACUCGUCCGAUAGCUGUUAAAAUGAUUCCAGUGACAGCUCAUUACAUUGUUUACAAGCGUACAAAAGCAUUUUGGAGAGAAGUUUCCAGAAAAAAAGUUAUUCGUGAUGGAAUUCGAGCGUGAUGGUGUGAUUUCGUUAUAUUCGGCUGUAAACCACAAGUGGAUAUCGCUAGAGCGCUCCAGAAUUUAAAUGUGAAUAAAUCUUUUGUGUCUCGUACCAUCGCUUGUUACCGUGAUACUGGUAGCGUAGCCCGACGUCAAGGAAGUGGACGGAAGAAAACAGCAACAUCAGCAGUAAUGGUUCGAAAAGUGAAGAAGCAUCUUGAUCGAAACAGUGGCCGAAAAAUGGCACGUGAGCUGAACAAAUCGCCAUAUUCCAUUUGGCAAAUAUUGAAAAAUGAGCUCGGGGUAAAGCCAUUGAAAUUCCAAAAAGAGCAAGAACUUACACCGCAAAGGAAAGAAAAUAGAUCAAAGGAGCUAAAGAGUUGCUUCGCUUGGCUGAAAGUGGUGAACUGUCGAAUUUGGUUUUCUCCGAUGAGAAAACAUUCGUUGUCCAGUAGUUUGUAAACAAACCAAAUGAUCGUGUUUACA